CUGGUGCAAACGAGUCAAGAUGGCGGCGGUCAAGUUGGCCGCUGCCGACAUGCCCGCCGAUCGGGACAAGCUCAAGUAUGUCCAAUUACGAUACGAAGGCGACGAAGUGAUCUGCACCGAAGACGAAAUCACACCGGACGAACGUGAGUUGUUGCAGUACACGCCAACCCCGCCCCCGCGGUCGAGGGUACUUCUCCACAGCUGCUGCGCACCGUGCAGCGGCGCCAUGAUCGAAGAGAUGCGGUACCUCAUGGACCUGGACGUGACUAUUUUCUUCUACAACCCCAAUAUCCAUCCCCGCAAGGAGUACGAGAUUCGCAAGGAAGAGAACAUCAAGUACGCACUCAAACACGGGAUCCCGUUCGUCGACUGCGACUACGACUCAGACUCGUGGUACAAGCGCAUGGUCGGGUUCGAACUCGAUCCUGAGCGAGGGAUCCGGUGCUCAGCUUGCUUUGACAUGCGCAUGGAAGUGACUGCCGCGUACGCCGUCCAGCACAACUUUCGCUACUUUACCACGACGAACGCGACGUCCCGUUGGAAGGAUGAGACACAAGUCAACCUAGCUGGAGUGCGUGCCGCCAAGCUGUACAAUGCAGAUGCGACGGACGAUCGAAAGGUGGCAUUUUGGGUGUACAAUUGGAAGACAGAUGCGAUGACCCGCCGCAAGUACCAAGUGUCCGUGGACGAAAAGUUCUACAAGCAAGAGUACUGUGGCUGUGCGUACUCGUUGCGGGACUCCAACAUUUGGCGAGCUCAACAAGGUAUCCCCAAGGUCAAGAUCGGCGGUGACUCUGCCGGCCUCGGCACACGAUACUUUGAGGACGUCGACGCGGACGAAGCGGAAGAGUCGCAGGCCGUCGUCGAUGCCUUUUUCAAUGAUGCCGCGCAGCACUUUGGCGAUUCCAAGCGCGUAGCCAAGUACAAACUCGCGCUUCAAACAAAGCCACACCACGUCGUCGAUUUUCAGGGAAGGCUCAAGUCAGCGAACGACGUCGCUAGCAACAAUUGGUAGUGCCCACCGCGCUUAUUUGGGCUCAAUUGCGUCAAAUUUGGUUGAGUUGACCACCGCCAUGAUUUUGAAUCCACUGGAUGCGUGCAUAGGGCGCAUAAGCGUAGGCAGUGCGCGCGAUUCCGACACCAGAUCGAGUGACGGUGCUGAUGACAGUGG